AGCGCUCCAAUUACUUUGACAAUGGCGGCUCGCUGUGUGAGUCUGUGGACCCGUUUACCCAUUUGUGCUCAGCGAAGCCAAAUACUGCGUCCAAUCCACAGGCUUCUCAGUAGCCCAGGAACUGUGGCCGCAGACACCAGGAGAGAAGAGCAGUCUUUGGGGAUCGCGGAGACAGGCUCUGAAGACAGGACUCCCAAAAAGAGAUUCUCUGAGGUGCAAAAAGAAAGACGUGAACAGGCACAGCGGACUGUUCUAAUACUUUGUCCAAAUAAAAUCAGUGAAAAAAAGUUUCUCAAAUAUUUAUCCCAACAUGGACCUAUUAAUAAUCAUUUCUUCUUUGAAAGUUUUGGUCUUUAUGCUGUUGUAGAAUUUUGUCAAAAGGAAAGUGUAGCUUCACUGCAGAGUGUGACUCGUACUCUGAGUGUGGGCACAGAGGCUGUGAUUCCAUUCAGGUCACGUUUCUUCAAUUUAAAGUUGAAGAAUCCACCGAGCCAGACUUCCGAGCAGUCAUGUAUACCAUGCAGUAACCAGUCGCCUCCUUCAAGCAAGAAGCUUUUUGAAUUACUUUGUAAUGCUGAGAGUGUAGAUGACCAGCUGAACACUCUGUUGAAGGAGUUCCAGCUGACGGAGGAGAACACGAAGCUGCGCUAUCUCACCUGUUCGCUCAUCGAAGACAUAGCUGCUGCCUAUUUUCCAUACUGUGAAGUCAGACCCUUUGGCUCUUCCGUGAAUGGUUUUGGGAAAUUAGGAUGUGAUUUGGACAUGCUUUUGGAUCUAGAUGAAAUUGGAAAAUCCAGUGCUCACAAGACCUCAGGAAACUUUCUGAUGGAAUUUCAAGUGAAAAAUGUUGCUUCAGAAAGAAUUGCAACUCAGAAGAUCCUGUCUGUGAUAGGAGAAUGCCUUGACCACUUUGGCCCUGGUUGUGUGGGUGUACAAAAAAUAUUGAAUGCUCGGUGUCCACUAGUGAGGUUCUCACACCAGGCCUCUGGAUUUCAGUGUGAUUUGACUGCCAACAAUAGGAUUGCCUUGAAAAGUUCUGAACUCCUUUAUAUAUACAGUGCCCUGGACUCGCGAGUGAGAGCCUUGGUGUUCAGUAUCCGGUGUUGGGCUCGAGCACAUUCAUUAACGAGUAGUAUUCCUGGUGCUUGGAUCACAAAUUUCUCCCUUACAAUGAUGGUCAUCUUCUUCCUGCAGAGGAGAUCACCUCCUGUUCUUCCAACACUGGACUACUUAAGAACCCUAGCAGAUGCAGAAGAUAAAUGUAUAAUAGAAGGCCACAACUGUACAUUUAUUUGUGACUUGAAUAGAAUUAAACCUUCAGAAAACACAGAAACACUAGAAUUAUUACUGAAGGAAUUUUUUGAAUAUUUUGGAAAUUUCGCUUUCAAUAAAAAUUCCAUAAAUAUUCGACAGGGAAGGGAACAGAACAAACCCGAAUCUUCUCCACUGCACAUUCAGAAUCCUUUUGAAACUUCUCUCAACAUCAGCAAAAAUGUAAGCCAAAGCCAGCUGCAAAAAUUUGUAGAUCUGGCCAGAGAAAGUGCCUGGAUUUUACAUCAGGAAGAUAAAGAUCACCCUUCCCCAUCAAGUAAUCAGCCAUGGGGGCUGGCAGCCCUGCUACUGCCUUCUGUAGCGAACAGUAUGUCUCAUGCCAAGAAGAAAAGGAAGAAGCCUGCAAAUGAACGGGUUAAAAACUUGUUGGAAUCCAUAAAAAGUAGCAGUACAGAAAAUUCCACAAACACCAGUGGGAAAAGAACAGAUAGUACUCAAGCAUAAUGGCUUCUGCUUGGCUUUAAGAGCUGGUUUUAUCCUAUAAAAUGAUCUUCGGGCUGCCUGGUGGACUUUUCACAAAGCUCAACUUUCACCUGAUGUCUCCUCUUUUCGUGAUCUUCGAUCUUCUCUCUGGGCCCUUGAUCUGGUCUCAAGUUCUGGGACGUUUUCAGGCUGAUCAGGCUACGACACGGGCACUUUAUUAAAACAUCAGCUACAAGGAACAGGAGAAUGAAGAUUGAAAUGUACGUUAAUAACUGUACAAGCGAACGGUAAAGAUUAGUUUUAGAAUCAUUGUCGAUACCCUUGUCAGUCCCUAGGUAUGUACAUGUACAGUCAAAUGCAAUAAAGCUUCACAUUUUGGUAAUACU